AUGCCUAAGAAUAAAGGUAAAGGAGGUAAGAAUCGCAGGAGGGGAAAGAACGAAAACGAAAAUGAAAAACGUGAAUUGGUAUUCAAGGAAGACGGCCAGGAAUACGCGCAAGUUACGAAAAUGUUGGGCAACGGAAGGCUCGAGGCGAUGUGCUUCGACGGCGUUAAAAGGCUAUGCCAUAUUCGUGGAAAACUAAGGAAGAAGGUUUGGAUAAAUCAAGGUGAUAUAAUUCUCAUAGGUUUAAGAGAUUAUCAAGACGCCAAAGCCGAUGUAAUAUUGAAAUACACGCCGGACGAAGCGCGUAAUUUGAAGACAUACGGAGAGUUCCCUGAAUCGGUUAGAAUUAACGAGACCGUUACGUUUGUCGAGGAAGGUUUCGAUGAGGAUAUUGAAUUUGGUGACGAUAUUAGUUCGGCGGACGAGGCUGAUCCCGUGGAUGGCAUCUGA